ACACAGCGGUUCAAGCUACAACUUUCAAGCAUUGCGCAUCUGUCAUUCUGUCACAGCUGUGUAUUGUUUACGUUUUGGUUCCUGCAAUCGUGCCGCUGCGUUGUCGGAGAUACUUGCUAUUAUCUCGCUAUGGCAACGGCACAACAUCCUGCGAUUAACAUGGAAACACCACAAGAAAAAGCCGGCACUUCUGCAACUGAAAAGCAACACACAUCGAUCGCUUUCCGGUGCGAACUGUGCCGGUUAAGUGAAAGCUGCGAUUAUCGAGGCCGUCGGCCACCGUUUGCCAGCAAAAUUGAACUUCCCGAAGAGUGUUAUGUAAUGCGUGAUCCGUUCGCGCCACCACCACAAGCCGUACCUGAUAAACCGUCUAGCGAGCACUACCUAUUGCUAGGUGCGGAUUGCAAUCUCUGCCGGCGCACCGUGUGUAAAGCGAGCGAGUGUAGCUUUUUCUACGGUGCCACCUUUUGCCGACAGUGCUGUAUGGAACGUGUGCAGGAGUUUCCGCUCGAAGUGAGAAGCAAAAUAAAGAAACAGUUUGCAUAGUCACCUUAA